GGCCCUCGCUCGGCUUCAGUGGGGUGGGGUUGGUUGUUAGCGGUCGGAAGUGGCGGUUGGGGGCGCGUUAAGUUGCUGCUGUUGACGGCCCGCCAUGCACCCGCGGCGCCCCGAGGGCUUCGACGGCCUGGGCUACCGCGGGGGCGGCCGGGAGGAGCCGUGUCCCGGUGUCAGGCCCUUCGGCGGCGGCGCGGAGAUGGGUCACUGGGUGACCACCCCGCCCGACAUCCCCGGCAGCCGCAACCUGCACUGGGGAGAGAAGACUCCGCCGUACGGGGCCGGGACGCCGCUUGGUGCCGCCGGUCUCAACGAGGAGCCCGGCCUCGGGGCGGGCGGGCCCGGCGCCGAGCAGCUGAACAGGUUUGCAGGAUUUGGAAUUGGCCUUGCAAGCCUAUUUACAGAAAAUGUGUUGGCCCAUCCUUGCAUUGUUCUGCGUCGUCAGUGUCAGGUUAAUUAUCAUGCUCGGAAUUAUCAUCUCACUCCAUUUACUAUUGUCAAUAUUAUGUACAGCAUCAAUAAGACACAGGGUCCAAGAGCUCUUUGGAAAGGAAUGGGAAGCACUUUCAUUGUUCAGGGCAUAACCCUGGGAACAGAAGGCAUCAUCAGUGAAUUCACACCUUUACCAAGAGAGCUUUCACAUAAAUGGAACCUCAAACAGAUUGGUGGACACCUUCUUCUCAAAGGGUUAACACAUGUGAUAGCAAUGCCUUUUUAUUCUGCAAGUCUGAUUGAAACUGUACAGAGUGAAAUCAUUCGAGAUAAUCCUGGCAUUCUGGACUGUGUAAAAGAAGGAAUCGGCAGAGUUGUAGGCAUGGGAGUACCCCACAGCAAGCGCCUCCUUCCUCUAAUGGUCUUGAUUUUUCCAACUGCUCUACAUGGAGUUCUUCACUACGUCAUCAGUUCCAUCGUCCAGAAGCUUGUUUUGCUUUUUCUGAAGAGAGAGAAUUCCCACAGCCUUCCAACAGAGAGCUCCACUUCUGUGCAGAGCAUGCUGGAUGCGUAUUUUCCAGAACUUAUUGCUAGCUUUGCUGCUAGCCUUUGUGCUGAUGUCAUGCUUUACCCACUGGAAACAGUUUUGCACCGCCUUCAUAUUCAAGGGACGCGCACAAUAAUUGACAAUACAGACCUUGGCUAUGAAGUGCUUCCAAUCAAUACUCAGUAUGAGGGAAUGAGAGACUGCAUUAAUACUAUAAAACGUGAAGAAGGAAUGCUAGGUUUUUACAAGGGAUUUGGAGCUGUUGUAGUACAGUAUACCUUGCAUGUGGCUGUCUUACAGCUCACCAAAAUCAUUUACUCAACACUGCUUCAAAAUGUUUCUUAAUCUGUUCAGGUGUGGAUUUAGCACUGUGGACAUGAUACAGUUGUACCUUAUUGUUAAAAAUUAAGUCAAAAAUGAAGUUGAAAGAAUCUACUCUGUAGAUUCUGCCUACGUAGUAAAGCUUGUUUUAAAAAUGCCAACUUCUAAAUAUCAUUCAGAAGUACAAUUUAAAUUGAAAAUGAUAAACAAAUAUAAUAUGCAGUCAUACACAAGGGGAUCAUAUUUCAGAUAUGGCUGGAAUGAGGAUUUACUUUCCCUCUUACCAGUUAGCUGAACUAAGGGAUGGGUAUGAGUUUAUAAUCUUUGCUAUAUAAACAUCACACCUGAUAAUUUGGACUGCUAGGCAGUUUAAAGAGUUUUUUUUCUUAAGUUGUAAGAACUUUGAAUGGGCGAUAACUUUACCGGUCUUUUUAAAGUGUUUUCAGCUUUGCUUUUAAUGCACCUGUGGAAACAGAACUGUAAAAGUAAUUUAAAUAGACACAAAUCAUUGAAAUUACAAGCAUGUAGACACCUUAUUUUGCUGCAGUGUAGCAGAAGAUGAAUCUUUUGCUUCAUACAAAAAUAACAAAAACUUCUUUGGGGAUAAAAUUUCACAGAAUGUAAUGUGUAGCUGUCUUACAGUUUGUUCACAAAGCUUACAGUAACUAAAGCGUGUGAAUAAAGCAAAUUAGAAACCAGUGUGUGCACGUGUAAGCCAUUCUUAGUCAACUUUCCACUCAUAACUUCAGUUAAGUUUCAUUCUGCUACUUUGUGCAACAGUAGAAUAAGCUUGCAAAUGUAUUGUGUCAAUGUUCAAAAUACACUGAAAGCAUAAGAGAUUAACUGGCUGAUUUUAGAGUUCUUUUUGUUAGAUUGGAGGAGUAUAUACAAAAUUACUUACUUAAAGUUUAGCACUGAUGUCCUUUGCUUAAGAUCUCAGCUGGAUUAGAUAUUUUUGUGAAGCAGAACUAAGUCUGUUCAUGUGCAAGUAACUACUGAAAUGUAACGUUUUCCCCUCUUCCCCCAGUAAAUCAAGGCUGUCGGUCUGGAAAUUAGUUUUUAUCACUCUAAAUAAAUUACUCCUUUGUUUCAUCAGUGAGUAUGAUGAAGACUUGGGGGAGGGCGGGGUGACAGGAUGGUUUUAGCAGAUACAGCAAGCAUGUGGAGAGUCACUUCUAAAUUACAUGAAAGGUUAUUAACCUUCACACUUUCUUAUGGCAAGUCUUUGAAUACUUGAUUGAUAAAUUGAUGUUCAUUUAAUCUUUAAACAUUGUAUAGUGUUUACUGUUAUGGAAAGUAGUCAUGGCUAAAUAAUGAAGUUUUGCUAUUUGUAAGCUCUGACUUGAAAUCAAUUGCAAGUCUGCAUUAUUAAAGUAACUUUCAUGUCUUUUAAAUAAGUGCUGAAGUGGAAAAUGUAGUGAAGUUGGGAACUGUUUUCGUUUUGAAAUAUUGUUAAUUGGAAAUCUAGUGUAUAGAAUGGAAGCAAUCAAAUAAAAUGAGAAUUCACUAAAUAUUUUGAAGUAAUUCACUGGAAAGGCAGCCAAAGGAAUACUGGUUUGUAUAUUGUAUUUUGUUGUGUAUAUACUCUUUAGUGACUGUUUCGAAUUGCUCAAAUUUUUGAAGUGCAAUAAUAUGUUGAAUUAAAACUACAUGCAAGAGCAUGGGUAAAACA